GACCUCGCCGCACUCCUCGAAGAGAAGGAAGUGCUCCGAGGCGGACGGCGAGAGCAUGGCACCGAUUUGCAGGCACGGAUGGUGGUGCUGCAGGACGAUGCAGCCGGCUCCUCCGUUAUGUUCUCAGUGCGCGAACGCAUCCUCAAGGCAUCCGAGCAGAUCCAGUUCCUUGCAAGCUUGUCCAAGGUGGAGGCUGGCAAAGCACAGCGCGAUUGGGAGCGAAAAUCCAUGGCCGUCCUGCUAGCAUGGGCGUUUCCCGAGCUGCUCGCAGAGGCGAUCUCUGACACGGAAGACAAGCGCGG